AUGGAAGAACCGUCUGUUAAUAUGAGCUGGGAGGGCGGCCCUUCCAGCGCUCUAGCUUCCGGCGCUCUAGAUUCCAGCGCUCUAGCUUCCGGCGCUCUAGAUUCCGGCGAUCUAGAUUCCGGAACUCUAGCUUCCACCUCAUGCCCAUAUCUUGCUUCGGUCGAUCGGGCACGGCUAGACUUUGAUUUUGAACGGAUAUGCUCUGUUACGCUGUCCAAUUUCAACAUCUAUGGUUGUCUGGUCUGUGGGAAGUACUUUCAGGGCCGGAAUCGCUCAUCUCCAGCAUAUUUUCAUUCCCUUAACGAUGAUCAUCAUGUCUUUAUAAACUUGCAGGAUCGAAGGGUUUAUUCUCUCCCCGAAAACUAUGAGGUUCUGGAUUCUUCUUUAGACGAUAUCAAAUCUUUGAUUUGCCCCAUGUUUUCGGCAAAGGAUGUCCAAAUGCUUGACACUGUUAGCAGGCAAAAACUCGAUCUUCAUUUCGAAAAAAUGAUCAUUCCAGGAUUUAUAGGCCUGAAUAAUAUCAAGGCAAACGACUAUGUAAACGUUGUGGUGCAAGCAAUUUCUCACAUUCCAACCAUAAGAGACUAUUUCCUGCUUGGUUCAAACCGAUUCAACCCCAAAUUCACUCAUCUUGUUAGCACGUUUGGAAACCUGACUGCCAAAAUAUGGAAUUUCCACCCCUUCAAAAACCAUGUAUCUCCUCACGAGCUACUGCAAACCAUUUCUUUGGAAUCUGCGAAAAAGUAUUCUCUCUCCAAGAAAGAAGAUCCCUCCAAGUUUUUGGUUUGGUUCCUCAACAUUUUACGGGUGCAAAUUUACACCGCUACCAAAGGUACCAUUUGGCGCAUUACUUUCCAUAAAACAGAGGAUUUAAUUGCAAACGCUUUUCAAGGCAAAAUUCGGAUCAUCAGCCGAAAGCCUUCCGAUCCAGUGAUGAUCAAAAAAUUUGGCAUCCCGCUCAAGAUAGUAGAGAAUUUGAUCACCUUUUCAGUGACCGAAAAUACAUUUUUCACGCUUCAACUGGAUAUUCCUCCAUCGCCAUUAUUUUUGGAUGAGAAAAAAUCCGGAAUUAUCCCUCAAGUGUCCAUCAUCGACUUGCUUUCGAAAUUUAAUGGAACUACUGCUCAAGAUUUGGGGAACAUCGUAAAAGAGUACAAGAUUAUUUCGCUUCCGGCAUUUCUAAUUUUGCAUGUUAAUCGAUUCAAGAAAAAUCAGUUUAAGCUCGAAAAAUCGCGGACCAUCGUCAAUUUCCCAUUGGAGGGGCUAUCCGUUUCUUCAGAAAAUGGUGUCAAAAACUACAGGAUCAUUGCCAAUAUUGUCUUCGAAGGCCAGGAGGAUCCAACGAUUGGCCAAUAUCGUAUUUAUCUUCUCAACAAGGUAGGCAAAGUUGUGUGUGUAUAUCUUGGGCUAGUCAACAAACAAGUGGUAUGA